AUGGGGCCUCACAGGGGAGUCAGUCUUACCCAGGUGCACCCUUCGCCCGCCGACGACGCCGAGACAGACAUCGAUAUUAUUGCAAUCCAUGGUCUAGACACGAAAUCUCUGGACACAUGGGUUUGGAAGUCAAAACUCCCCUAUGGAGAUGUCAACUGGCUGGCAUCCCCGCAGAUGCUUCCAAGAAGAGUAGGACGUGCCCGGAUCUUCACGUGUGACUGGCCAUCCGACCUCUUUGAACAGCCGGAUCUGAUACAGAAAACAACCGAAGAGUUUGCUCGCCUCUUGCUCGCUGGUAUCAAUCAGCGUCCUUUGCCAAAGACUAGUCACCCAAAGAGGAAAGAUCCUCCAAUUGUCUUUGUUGCGUCAUGUCUCGGGGGCAUCAUUUUGAUGAACGCCCUCUUGAUCGCUGACCAUACUCUAAGUGAAUAUACUGCCAUUAGGCGAUCGACACGCGGAAUUGUCUUCCUUGCUACGCCCUUCCGGGGGACUUCAUUUCAAGAUGUAGCAAACUGGGCAGAGCCUGGUCUGAGAGCCUGGGCUUUAAUUCGAGGCCAAAAAGUGAGCAACCUUCUCGAUUCGGUCAAGGGAUCGACUUUCCAGCUUGAGGAACUUGUGCGCAGCUUCACUCAGCUGUGUCAAGACAAAGAUUAUCCUUGCCAAGUGACUACUUUCUACGAAACGGGCAUGACAAAUCUGCACCGUAAAUUCCCUCUAAGUUGGUUGAUUCCGUCUCCCCUAAUGAACCAGUUUUGCCUUCCAAAGCCGCUCGUUGAUAGCUCUUCGGCGACUCUGGAUAUUGUCCCACACCCACUGCCACUUGAUCGAUGUCAUCUAAUGAUGAACAAGUUUGAGGACCCUGAAGAUCCGGAUUACAGAUGUGUUGCAGCGAAAAUUGAAGAAAUUCUCCAAAAUAUCCGUACAAAUUCCUUGCUCAAUGACGCUGACGCUUGGAUAAGGAACAAGCAUUAUACUGCAGAUAAGCUCAGGAUUGAACGUCUCUCGGGUGACCUGUUGUCAAUGGAUCAGUGCUACAUCAAUCUUGUCGUUGUAGAACAGCGCCACCAAGAUGCAAGUCACUCAAAGGGGGGCUACGGAACAACCUCUCCAUUUUCGCUCUUCAAUCGACAAAAGGUUGAGACACCAGAAAAAGCAGCUCAGGUUGAAUUGGCAGCAAUCUUUAAUGAACGCAAAGGACGCGAUGGUAAUCUAAUACAACCAAGAAGAAUCCUGAUUCGAGGACGCGCAGGAGUCGGCAAGACCACCUUGUGCAAGAAGAUUAUCCAUGAAUUUACUCGAGGCACCUGGAGCGAAUGGAACAACUUAUUUGACCGUGUCCUUUGGGUACCUCUACGAAACCUAAAGCUGAAAGAGAGACGUGAAAUAGCUGGAUACGGCUUUGAACAGCUCUUCGCUCAUGAAUAUUUCUCUCUGUCGUCUGAGAAAUCAAAGUUUGCUAGAGAAUUGUUUUUGGCUUACGAAUCAGAGUUGGAGACGAAGAGUAGCAGGACUUUAUUUCUUCUUGAUGGUUUAGAUGAAGUAUCCCAAGACCUUGGCGAAGGUAGUAUGUCUGACUUCCUUGACGAGCUUUUAAAACAGCCAAACGUCAUAAUCACUUCUCGGCCAUCUGGCAAAAUGCUACUGGGCAUGGAUCUCGAAUUAGAAACGAUCGGAUUCUACCCAGAUCAAGUAAAGGACUACAUCGAAAAAGUCUUUACUAAUUCAAAAACGAUCGAGACUGAUAUGGGAACAGUCAACAAAGUUUGGACCUUUCUUCAAAACCAUUGGCUGAUUCAGGGCCUUGUGCGUAUCCCCAUUCAACUGGAUGCGCUUUGCUAUUCCUGGAAGGAUAUUCGCAGCGAUAUGCCGACGACCAUGUCUGCCCUUUACCAAACUAUAGAACUUAGCCUGUGGAAAAAGGACAUUUUGCGACUAAAGAAAACACAUGGCGAGAAUCCAGUAACAGCGGGCCAUAUCCAAGCUGCCAGCCGCCAAAAGAUCGAGGAUUUCGUCAAAGAUGAGAUACUUUUCCUUGAAAGCCUUGCGUUUACUGGACUACAUGAUGAUGUCAUAGAAUUUGAACAAAACCAUUUGAACCGUAUAUCUGACUCCAUCCGGAAUUUCUUGCCAGACAAGAUCGUUCCAUGUCUUUCCUUUUUGCGAACCUCAAACCCUUCAUCAGAAGACUGCAACCGAAGCUAUCACUUUAUACACCUCACUUUUCAAGAGUACUUUGCAGCACGGUACUUUGUACGGCAAUGGCUUGCCGGAGCACCUCUCAAUUGUAUAGAACUCAGCCGUGGGAAGAUUGACAAGUCUGAACCUGUCAAAUUCUUUCAGAAGCACAAAUACACAGCACGCUACGACAUCUUGUGGCGCUUUGUUGCCGGAUUACUUGACUCCAAAAGGGAAGAAGACGACGGGAAAAUCCAGGAGUUUUUUCAGAAAAUCGAAGAAGAACCAGUCGAUUUCUUAAGGCCUACGCAUCAACGGCUAGUCAUGCAUUGCUUGAGCGAAGUGUUGAGUAACUUUCCAGCUCGAUUCGGCCUGGAACAGCACCUGGCCAAGUGGCUAGUGUUUGAAGGCGAAUUCACAGAAAGUAAGAUUCUUCAUCUAGCAAGUGAGAUAGAGUUUCCUGAGCAGUCAUUGAGCACCGCCUUUCGCCAAGGGUCUCAUGAUGUGAAAGCAAAAAUUCUACAGUCGCUAAAGAAACGGCCCACGUUUCCGGCGAGCAUUAUUGAAGAGGUAGUCUUCUGGCUAGAGCACGACAAAGGGUUUUCCCGAACUUCCACCAUCACGGCCUUGACGCAGCUAUCCUUGCCUGUCGAGAUCCUUAACUCUGUAGCAGCACGUCUGAAGGAAAAGAUGGGAUUUAUCCGAAAGGUUGCUGCUAUAGUCUUGGGCCAGCAAGCGAACUUACCUAAAGAAAUCCUGGGGGAUUUGGUAGCGCAGCUUAAGGAUGAGGAUGAGGCUGCCCGGUUGGCUGCUGUUGAAGCCUUAGGUCGGCAGAGCUUGCCUAAUGAUAUCCUGAUGGAUAUCGUAACGCAGCUUCAGGAUGAGGACUAUUCUAUCCGACGGGCUACCGCUACAGCCUUAAGUCGGCAAACUUUGCCUGACGAGAUCCUGAAGAACAUAACCGUGGGACUGAAAGAUGAGGAUGAGGCUACCCGAUUAGCUAUUGUUGAAGCCUUAAGUCGGCAAAGCUUACCUGACGAGAUCCUGAAAGACAUGAUCGCGGGACUUGAGGAUGAGAACGGGUCUACCCGACGGGUUGCUGUUGAAGUCUUAGGCCGGCAAGCGAACUUACCUAACGAGACCCUGGAGGACAUAGUCGCACGGCUUAAAGAUAAAGACAAUCUUAUCCAAUGGGCUGCCAUUGGAGCCUUAGGCGGGCAAGCGAACUUACCUAACGAAAUUCUAAAAGGUGUAGCAGCAUGGCUUGAAGAUGAGAGUGAAUCCGUCCGAGAGGCUACUGUCCGGGCCUUGGGCCAGCAGGUAGCCUUGCCUUACGAAUUUCUAGAAGCCAUAGCAGCACGGCUUGAAGACGACGAUGGAUCCGUCCGAGAGGCUGUUGUUCAGUUCUUAAGCCAGCAAACAACUUUACCUGACGAAAUCUUGAUUGCCAUAGCGGCGCGGCUUAAGGACGAGGUUAAGUCGGUCCGACAGACCGCUGUGUUUGCAAUACGAAGGCAUAGGGAAUUCUAUUGCACCCAUCUCACAGCCUCCCAUGCUGCCUCUCUUUAUGAUGUUUUGUUCCUGCUUAGCUUUCAGGAGCAAUUGAGUUGGUAUGUUGACGAUGAUUACACCUAUAUCAACUUCCCGGAGGGCAUUAUGAAAAGUCCUCGUCAUGGACAACAUGGUCUCUCAGAGUUUACUAAAAGCACGCCGAGACGAUGA